AUCGCGCAAAUGUAGGCAGAGAACACAAGUCGUGUGUGGCGCCCUCAGUCAGAAAGCAUAUUCAAUGYUGUAACAGCGAACAUGUUGAUUUAAUAUAAUUGUAUAAUUUGCAAUAAAAGUUGUUUUAAUUUUUGUAUACGAGUUUUACAGUUCGUUACAUGGCAGAAAACAAACGUCUUUUAUACACAAAGUGACAAGCUAAGAAGAGUUUAGUGAACCAUUUUAAUGACCUUAAAUAGGCUUUUAACAUAACGUGUUUGCGGAGUUUUCUGUGGCUGUGAUUAUAUGCAGCCAAAGUGGAAGCAAUGAUUGCUGCUAGCGUGGAUAAGUGUAGUGAAUCAGUGAGUACUGCUAAAAAGGACAAAAGUGCUGGGUCGGAAAAUCCGGCAGCUCAAGCGUAUCUGGAUCAUUUAYUGCAGAAUGGUGCACUGGAAGGAGAUAGUGGCGCGCCAAUGGAAAUGCCACCGUGGUAUGACGAAGCGCUGUUCAGAAAGGGUCAAUCGUUUAUGACGAAAUAUCGUUUCCUCAUCACCGCUGGCAUGUUUUACGGUCUGGUGGCAGUUCUCGCAAUACCGUCCAUACUGCGCGUGCUCAUGUGUACACGUCAAUCAUCCACCUGUUUAACCGCUUUCCGACGCUAUAUGCGUACAAUUUUGCACACGAACACAUGGUACGAACAUCCAGCGGCGGCAAACUCAAAAUUUUGGACUAGUUUACGCGCGGUACGCAAAGCGCAUUCCAAGUCGAGUCGCGCAUGUAGUAAACUUGGCGCCGGACAAAUUACSCAAAAGGAUCUCGCCUUGACACAGUUCGGUUUUAUCGGCUAUGCCACUUUGGGCGCAGCACGCGUACAAUUAUACGACGAGGAGUAUUUGGAAAGUACGACGCACAUGUGGCGUGUACUCGGUUAUCUGCUUGGCAUUAAGGAUGAAUAUAACAUUUGUGGUCGCAAUUGGGCAGAGACGAAGCAUCGGUUCGAUAUUGUGAUGCGACGCGUAUAUCAGCCAGCUUUAGAGAAUACUGGUGAAGACUUUGAGAAAAUGACAAAGGCGUUGGUUGAAGGAUUGUGGCCAUUUAACUCAACAUUGUCCACGGCAUCAGUAUUAUAUUUCACCAAGCGCCUGACCUAUAUAAAAGGAUAUGAAUACUUUAGCUUUGACCAUCUUCCCGGCGAAACAAUUGAUCCGAAGCAGAAACUUUAUUACUACGAUUUGGGCUGGUAUGAUCGUUUGCUCGUCACAUAUGGUCUCCUCAUAGUGACUUACUUACACAAGUAUAGCAUAGUUCGUUGUUAUCUCAAUUUCCGUGUCUGGCUGAAUGAAAUAGUAUUCCACUACUUGCCAUUCCUGGCGAUCUGGCAGUAUGGUAUAAACAACUCAUACGUUCGUAUUUUUACAAAGGAUGGUCGAGACAAAGAGUUCGAGUUUCACUUGAAAGCUGACUAAAUGAGAGUUUAGAUUUUGUAAAAAAAAUUAUAUUAACUUUCUUUAUAAAUAGUUCGUAGUAGUUUUUAGUUGUUUUCUACUUCUCAAAGGAUAAUCAUA